GUCAGCAGCUCUGAGAAGGAGCUCAGAAUUCGUUCUCAGUGUGUGUAAUCAACUUUAACGUGUUCAAAAUGCAGGAAAAACUCUGGGAAAUCUAUAACAGUCUGUGGGAACUGAAUCUCUUCAAGCUAUUCCUCAGUUUAUUUAUGGCCGCGGUGAUUAUGUGCCGUUUUGGAUCGUUCGUGUGUCUGACUCAAUGGUUUGUGGGAAACGCUGGGGGGAGGCGCAGGCGCAGUCAACAGAGCAGGUACGGCCCGAGGAUCAAGACUGUCUGCCGGUCCAAGUAGGGCCGGCGGAGUAGCGAUGGGCAGCGGAUGGAUGUCGACUUUCGAUUAUGGAGCUAUUAAAGGUCCCCACAGCUGGAAUGUGCCUACCAACAAUCAGAGUCCCGUCAACAUCGAGCAGUGCUGCAUGGAGAACAGCUACUUCACAAUACCCCUGGAGUGGACAAACGGGAAUGUUCUGCCCGCUGGCAUACUUCUGCAGAACAACGGCCACACCUUGGUGCUUCGAGCCUCCUAUCCGAGCUGUGUGCCCAUGAUAGGCGGCGGGGAUCUGCUGGGACGCUUUGAGUUUCGAGAGAUCAGCUUCCGCUGGAGCUGGUCGAACAGCAUGGGUUCCGAGCACACCGUCGACAACGCCCACUAUCCGCUGGAGAUGCAGUGCCUCCACACGCCUCCACAGUCCGUGAGCUGUAUUUCCAGCCAAAGUAUUUUGAUGAUCUCCUACAUGUUCGAGGUGGGCCGGGACAAUCCCUACCUGGAAGUGCUCAUCCAGCAUCUCGUGGCUGUCCAGAACGCGGGCAGCACUGUAGAGGUUCCGCCCUUCCCCAUCAGCUACCUCAUGCUACCAUUCUACACAGAGUUCUUCAGCUACAAUGGAUCGCUCACGCAGCCACCCUGCCACCGUGGGGUCGAGUGGCUCAUCAAUCCCAAUACCUUGUCUAUUAGCGAGCGUCAGCUGAACGAGUUCCGCCAGCUGAGAAACCCCCAUGGCGCCCGCAUCGGAUCCAACGCUCGACCCGUGCAGCCACUCGAAGAUCGUACGAUUUUCUAUAAUCGCUAUCGUAUACACCGAUAGGAAAGAAGAGGCAGAACAGAAUAACAAAACUCAACUUAACACACUCAAUGGUUUCUGCUGUUACAAUAUGAAACCUGGCAGUC